AUGCAGGGCCUCUCAAAUCAGGGGAAGUUUGUUCCUAGUCAAAAGAAGUUAUUGCUUCAAGAGUCAACGUGCUAUUCAAAUCAACAGAGAUUAGAGAGUAACCAAAACAUACAUGGACAGGGCAAAACUGACUUCAAUGCAGCAAAGCAUAAACAGCAAUCUAUGAUCUUGGUGGAUAUCCAGACUCCUGGUGUUCACAUAAAGAGACCACUGACAGUGUUUGGCUUUGACGAUGCUCCUCAUGGGCAUGCAGAAGUAACAUUUGAAAAUGUUUGUGUGCCAGCAAAAAACAUCAUACUGGGUGAAGGACGUGGAUUUGAGAUUGCUCAAGGUAGGCUUGGUCCUGGAAGGCUGCACCAUUGUAUGAGACUGAUAGGUGUUGCUGAACGAGGCAUGCAUAUGAUGGUUCAAAGAGCUCUUAAUAGAAGAACAUUUGGGAAGUUGAUUGCUCAACAUGGUUCAUUUCUUUCAGAUAUGGCCAAGUGCCGAAUAGAGCUAGAGAAGACCAGAUUGUUAGUGUUGGAAGCGGCUGAUCAGCUUGAUAGGCAUGGGAACAAAAAAGCUCGGGGGAUAAUAGCAAUGGCAAAGGUAGCUGCGCCAAACAUGACUCUAAAGGUGAUUGACAUGGCAAUCCAAGUGCAUGGAGCAGCUGGUGUAUCAUCUGACACAGUCCUGGCACACAUGUGGGCAACUGCAAGGACAUUGAGAAUCGCAGAUGGUCCAGAUGAAGUCCACCUGGGGACCAUAGCCAAGUUAGAACUACAGAGAGCCAAGCUUUAAGAAGUUCAACAGUCUGCACCACUAGAAUGAAACAGGAAGUUAAAUUGCCACCAAGGAAAAAGCAUUUAUGACAAUAGCAUUGUUCCCAAAUGCUUUUGGAAGCAUUGCAUAACGUGUAUUUGUUCAAAAUAAGCUUGCUCACUGUAUUCCAGGUUGGUAACGCUUGUAUUCUUUGUUAAAUAGUAUACACCAUAACAAUGUUGUUGCUGAGAGAAAAUAAA